ACCAGAUGGUUUCCGUUUGUAAGCGUCGCGGUGGUGGGAGCAACCUCUGUUUUAUUUCUGUCCCGGUGUCUGUCUGCACCGGGGCCAGGAAAGUCGCAAUCUGGCGUUCUCCAACGUCCGUCGUUCGCCAUCGGUUAGUCUUGGUUGAUCCACGGUUGCUGAUCCAGUUCCUCCAUCAUGGAGGACAGCUACGCGGUGCACAGGCGCCGGAAAGCGGCGGCCAGAAGGCGGGAGAAGACGCCGGACCCUUCGUCCAGGAACCAACAGCUGGUAGAGACGUCCGAGGACGAGGAGGAGGCGAGACGCGCGAGAAUGGAGAAGAUGGCUGAUGAGGCCGAACAGAUGGAGCAACAAGAGAAGGAAAAGAAGAUGAAACAAGAGGAGCAACAACGAGAAUCGGAAGAGAAAAGUUUGAAAUCGGAGGCCAGCAGGAAAUCGGAAGAGAAGGCUUCUCCCUUGAAAGAGCUUCGAGCACGUGAGAAUGACGCCGAACAGGAGACCACGCGGUCGGUAAAGAAGGAAACGCCGACGAGGGUGAUAGAAGUGAUCACGUAUCAGGAUGCUAUACCCAAAUCCAAGGAGGUGGACGCCGACACCGAACCUUCGGCAGAGCCCAGGAAAGUGGAGAGACGCCUGAAGAAGAAGUCCAGGGAACGAGCGGAAAGACAAGGUCAGUCGAGUGACUCCAGCGACUUGGACGAGAAGCCGCGGAGAACGAAAUCACCGGAGGGCAGCAAAACCAGAACAAAGAAGACCGCGAAGAGAGUCGCGGCUGACCCUGACACAGCAAAGAAAGACACCGUCGAAAGACCUCCGAGGGAAAAGAGGUCGAUCAAGAAGCCCGAGGAGUUAGAGGAUCAGUCGCGAGAGAGAAGACGUUCCAUACGACACAGUCAAACCGACGACACCGACGAGGCACCGAAGAUGAAGAAAAGCGAGUCGUUCCCUAAACAGAACCUCGAAGAACCCGUCAUGAGGAGAUCCGCUUCGGACAUCAAGAAGCAGAUAAUACCGUUGAGUAACGACAGCCUCAUACAGGACUUCGCCAAGGCUCAGAGGGAGUACUUGAAGAGAGAACAAAGUAUCUUGGACGCUGAUGUUCUGGACGUUUUCGAGGAUGCUCAGGAAACGGUACUGAGACGAAGAAGGUUCAGCGUUCCCAGUAAAAGCGAGGAAGAGGAGGAGACAAAAUCCGAGGAGAAGCCGAAGGGACCAGAAAAGAAAUCCUGGUUCUCCUGGUUGCCUUUCUUCCGCAAGAAGAAGGAAGACAAGGAGCCAGAGGUAAAAGCUGAAACUCCGAAGGAGACCAAGUAUACGGAGUUGCUAUUGGGACCAGAAAAGGUGACUUUCAUGGACUUCCUGAGGGCUCUGAAGGACGUGGUAUCCGAAUUCAAGGCAUUCGUAGCACAAAAUCCAGGGGAAGUUCAAAUAGUUAAAGGACUCCAUAAUCGUUGCAUGUCGGAGCUGAUGUUGGUGAUUAUUUACUGCGGCCUUGGCGCGUUCGUCUUCAGAUUCACCGAGGGAGCUUUCGAGACUUUCUACAAGUGCGGCGUGAAGAGGGUGAAGCGAGACUUCCUAGACAGCUUGUGGAAUUACAGUCACAAUAUGAGGGAAGACGAUUGGAAGAGUAUGGCGCGACGAAAGUUGAUGGAAUUCGAGGAACAAUUGCACACCGCCCACGAAGCCGGAAUGCACAGCUACAGUGGUCAAAGGAGCUGGAGCUUCCUGAACGCUGUCGUGUAUUGUUUGACCGUGAUCACCACUAUCGGGUACGGCCAUAUUUCGCCCAGUACCAACACCGGAAGGGCCAUCACGAUAGUUUACGCCAUCUUCGGAAUCCCGAUGUUUCUGAUAAUAUUGGCCGACUUUGGUAAACUAUUCACGCGUGGUAUCAAGUUCCUUUGGGCGUUCGUUAGAAGACUAUAUUACACCGGAAGUUGCAAGAAAGUUCGUCGAACAGUACCUGUACAAGUAAAUCCUCCAUUUUUUAUCUACAAACUUAAAUCGUAUCGUCUUAUCUCUACUAAUAAUUAUUGUCGUCCACAGGAAGUAAUGAAAGGCGUCCAGCUCGUGUACGACCUAGCAACGUUCAAAAGGCCGUCGCAAAUAAAUCCUCAAGAUAUCGAGGAGAUACAGAAACAGGCUCAGCAAUCUCAGACUGUUCUCAAUUUGGAUGGAAAUGUUCCUGACACACCAGGAACUCCAGCGAUGUCCGCUUUCGCGAUCGACGACGAAUUCAAUCUACCGAUCUCAGUGGCCAUCUUCAUUCUUCUCGGUUACAUAUUCAUAGGCGCCACGUUGUUUUGCUUGUCGGAAGGCUGGGGUUUCUUCGAGAGCUUCUAUUUCGUCUUCAUCUCAAUGAGCACUAUCGGUUUCGGCGAUUACGUGCCAAAGAUGGUAAGCUUUGAAAUCCAAAAAGUUCAUCAACAAAAAACCAAACAAAAUCACCGUGUAUACACUAUUUCAUACGUGCUUUUCGCAUAAGUCUCACUUCAGCACAGUUGCACGUGUUUUCUUACUGACAUUAAAAAUCGUCUCGAUGUCAGAAUGAUAAGCAGAAAUUAACAGAUUAAUUGAUUGAUUUAGCAUCCCAUAUACAUGAUGUGUUCGAUAAUAUACCUGGUGUUCGGCCUGGCCCUCACGUCUAUGUGCAUCAAUGUAGUCCAGGUAUCACAAAUU